AAAAAUGCAAGUAGAUCAACAACUUGAUUGCUUCAUGUGCAGGCUUAGACUUGUGCAACAAUAUGGAUCCAAGCAGCUCCAGUGCAUCCGGACCUGGGUUUCAUCAUGUUACAUUUUACAUCUGCAUUUCACAUGCACAUACUAUAUAUGUCAAGACCCUUGAAUUUUUCUCUACAUUGUGUGUGUCAACAUUGUUUUUAGGGAAGGUUUCGGUUUUUCGGAGAAAGAAAUGGAGGGCCUGAUAAGGGAAGGGAGGUCUUUAGCAGAAACACCAACAUGGUCAGUUGCAACUGUCACUACUGUCAUGGUUUUUCUGUGCCUUUUGGUCCAGAGAUCACUCUAUAAAUUUGGCAGGUGGUUAAAGAAGACUAGGAGGAAGGCUUUAUUUGCUUCUGUGGAAAAAAUUAAAGAAGAGAUGAUGCUGCUUGGACUUAUAUCCCUGUUGCUGGGGCAAUGGGCAGGGGCAAUUUCCCAGAUUUGCGUAGACUCUUCUUUGUUCAAUAGUAAAUUCUUCCUUUGUUCCGAAGAAGAUUUUGGCAUUAAAGAGCAUAUUAGGCUCAGAAAUUCAUUGUCUUUGAAUGAGACUGUUGUUUCUUCAAAAGAAGUUAAUCAUCAUUCAUCUCAUCAUUGUGGUGAGGGGCGUGAACCUUUUGUCUCGCAUGAAGGCCUUGAACAGCUCCACCGUUUCUUGUUUGUUCUUGGUAUCACUCAUGUUCUGUAUAGCUGUAUUGCAGUUGGUUUGGCUAUGACCAAGAUUUAUAGCUGGAGGAAAUGGGAGGUCCUGGCAAGCCUAUCUCCGGAUAGCAGUAUGCAAGCAAAGAAAAGCAAGGUGAUGAGGCGUCAGGUGACCUUUAUCUUACAUCAUGCAACUCAUCCUUGGAAUAGAAGCCGAAUUCUGAUUUGGAUGCUUUGCUUCUUCAAACAGUUCAAAAGUUCAAUGAGAAAGUCGGAUUACUUUGCACUGCGAUCAGGUUUCAUCACCACUCAUAAGCUGCCACUAUCUUACAACUUCCAUAAUUAUAUCGUCCGGAGCAUGGAAGAUGAAUUUCAUGGAAUUGUGGGGAUCAGCUGGCCGCUCUGGGGCUAUGCCAUAAUUUGCAUCUUUGUAAAUAUCCACGGUCUUAAUAUCUACUUUUGGCUGUCAUUUAUUCCUGUCAUUCUUGUUAUGUUGGUGGGAACAAAACUCCAGCAUGUCGUCUCCCUGUUAGCACUAGAAAUUGUUGACCCGAGAGGGAGACCUGGCGAAAAUCAAAUUAAGCCCCGUGAUGGGCUCUUCUGGUUCGGGAAACCAGAAGUGUUGCUACGCUUGAUACAAUUUAUAUCAUUCCAGAAUGCUUUUGAGAUGGCAACAUUUAUUUGGUCUUUGUGGGGAAUGGAACAGCGAGCAUGUUUUAUGAAGAACCAUGGAAUGAUUGUUGUACGGUUAACCUCUGGGGUGAUUGUUCAGUUCUGGUGUAGCUAUAGCACUGUGCCUCUAAACAUUAUAAUCACACAGAUGGGUUCUCGCUUGAAGAAAUCAUUGAUUGCUGAGAAUGUCCGAGACUCACUACACAGUUGGUGCAAAAGAGUGAAGGAGAGGUCCAAGCACAAUGCAGUAAACUCGAUUACCACGAGGUCUACUUGUUCUCUUGGAUCAACAAUAGAUGAAGGCGAUGAAAUCAUUACUGUGGCAUCGCGUACUAUAUCUCCAUGUUCCUCUACAGGUUCAUUGAAUCAUUUGGUUGAUGAUUCAAUGACAAAUGAACUGCCGGAUGCAACAAUUAUUGGCAGUUCGGAUCGUUCUAAUCACGAACUCUCAUUCCGAGUGUCGGACUAUGCAUCUUAUGGAUUUAACUAUGAGAGUGAGAUACAAGACAAUGUAGAUGAUGAAGAGGGGAAAGUUGUGACUUUAUUUGACUUACUUAGAAAGACAUGAGCAUUGAGCAAUCGUUUCUUUAUUAUUCAAAAUAUACGAAAGCUUCAAUUGUGAUUAUAAUUUGAUAGUAUUAAA